AGGGUGGGUGGAAAAGCAGGCGAACAUUUUUAGCGCCACAAUAAGGGGGCUUGGCGCUUUGACAACGGCAGACCAUCCAAACAAAUCCCCCUCCUCAGUUCUUCACGUCAGCUCGAGUCGCACAGAAUUGAUGCAUUCUUAUAAAGGUGGAUCAGCCCGACAGUAUAGCUGAGUCAGUAGGUCGCUUGUAGGAAAUAUAAACGCGUACCCGAUGGUCAUGAACACCGAGCAAGUUUAACUAACCAAUGAGCAAGCUAACAGGAAUUCCGGGUCCAGCUGUCCGUUUCCUAGACGACGCGUACAACCGCUUGAUGCCAUUUGCUGUUGCCAGGGACGCCCGAGUUCCUGUACGGCUGUCGGCCGUGUGCUUUGCGCAUGCCUGAACUCAGCGACCUCUGCCUUUUGAAACUAUGGCGGCGGAGACUUUGUCAAUUACGGAGCAGUGGAUCAGAGAAAGAGUAAAUCUGCAACACCGGAAUUUAGCGGAUGUCAGAUCACUGUCUCUGCCUGGGAGUUAUGAAGGAAAAAUUGGACACUUGGGAUAUUCACUUAAAAACUUUGUUCGUCUGAAAACUCUCGACCUUUCACGGAAUUCAUUAGUUUCGUUGGAGGGCAUUCAGCAUCUAAAGCACCUGGAGAAGCUCAAUUUAUACUACAACUGCAUUCCCUUGUUAAAGGAGCUGUAUUAUCUCCGCAACUUGUCCUCUCUUAAAGAACUUGAUCUUCGAUUGAAUCCUGUUGUAAAGAAUGAACCUGAUUAUCGUCUUUUCCUUGUCCACAUGCUUCCCAACCUAAGAAAAUUAGAUGAUCGUCCUGUGAGGGACAGUGAGCGAAAAGCGGCCAUAAUGCAUUUCUCUACAGAGACAUCAUAUGACAAUCCUGACCGAGGUCCUCCGAAUGAAAUCGGCAAUCCAAGGGCUGGGCAGCCUAGGGUAUCUUAUGUAAGCUCACUUUCAAAAAAGUUAUCUGCUAUUGAUGAUGAUGAUGAAGCAGUUUUAAAUCUUAUUGCAAAAUGUAACUGGGACCUGAAUAGGCCUCCAACUAUUUCGGGAUCAGUUCAGAAGACGUUGGAAGCUGAACUCUUACAAAAUAACUCAGGUGGCAAUGAAGUUUUGUGUGCUAAUGGGUAUCAGUCAUCAGAAGAAUUAACUGCUUCAAAGAAGGAUUUUCAGAAACAAAGCUAUCAGAAGCCUCUGGACACCACUGAAAAGUUCCGACACCAGUCUAAUCUUCCUGCGGCCAAAGCCACAUACAAGAAAGCGACAGAGAAUGGAAAAAGAACUGGUGAAGGAAUACGGGUGACCUUCACAGAUGAGCAGCCAAAAGCAUCACGUUUGGAUACAAAUCUGAAAUUUCAAGAUGAGGCUGAAGCUUACUAUAAAAUCACAGGUCGGGGGCACUUCACACCACAUCCAGGUUUGUCAGUGUCUGAUCCUGUAAAUGUAGAAAGGCCACUUCCACACCCUUCCAAAUUAGCAGCUUCACUAGCUAAUGAAUCUCCUGCUUUUUUGAUGAACCAGAAUGGGCCCUCUGGAGGAAGGGAGCAGCAACAGACCAUACCUGUCCAUAAUGAGCUUCCAAAAAAUGAAACAAGAGCUGCUUAUUCGUAUACCAGUCAGCUCCCAAGGGAUAAGAAAUUCCAUAUCAAUCCAGUUCAAUUGGAGCCACUUUUGGACGUUGUGGAUAAGUACUGGAAUGGCAAGAAGUCACUACAUUGCAAUGAAAAAUUUUUGAGUAAAGCUGUUAGUGUCCUUUCAACGAUCUACAUGGUAGAAGAAACAGACAACCAAAAAUAUCAUGAUGAAAUCCUCAAACUAAAAGAAGAAAAUAAAGUAUUACAAAUGCAGAAAGAAAACCAGGAGAAUAUAUAUAAAUCAGACACAGAGGGCCUGUCUGUUCAGCUAAAUCAAGCACGUCAACAAAUAGCUUUUCUGGAGAGGCAGUUGAAUGUCAAAGUAGAAGAGAAUUAUUCUUUAAAUAACAAACUGACUUCAAUGGAACAAGAGAUCUUAAAUGCCAAAAAUCCAACAUCAGAUUUAAGACUCGGUGAGUUGCAAAGCCACAAUCAGCAGCUGAUGAUAGAAAUUGACAACCUGAAAAGGCAAGUUCAGCAUUUUGACACAAUACAGGAGUUAACAAGUAUGCUACAAGAAAGUCACAGAACGUUGGUAUCAACAAAUGAGCAUUUGUUGGCAGAGCUGGAGGCGACGCGUUCUCGUCAUAAGUCGGAAGUGGAGCAGCUUCACUGGAGUUACAAUGAACUUAAAAAAACUCUGGAUGUAUUCCCACACCGCGCUUAAGCGCACAGCCAGCCUGUUCGUUUUUUAAGGUCACUUGUCCAGUUGUCGUUAUGUUCGAGUAUCUGUUUUUAUGUGUAUUUUUAGAAUGCUUUAACAAUUUUAUCGUAAAAAUCACUGUGCCUUAAUUUAAAAGAGCUUUUGUUAAGUCAAAGCAGGUUCAUUUUACUGUACAGGAGCAUGUAAAUAGGAAAAAUAAUUAUUUUUUUAUUUUCUUUAUAAAUUUAGCUGUUAAUUAAAGCUGCUUACCAGGUAAUUUUUGUUUUUUUUCCUGAGCUUUUUAGGUUUGGCUGCUUUGAUAUUUAACUAUGAUAAUUGUCUUCUUUUGACAUUUAAUGUUUAAAACAUUUCUAAUUAUGAAUCGUUUCUUAAUGACGUACUAAUUUAUUAUUAUGUAAUAUAAAUAUGACUCCUAAAUGUUAUCUGGUGAGAAUGUCAUGUUUUAAGUUUUAGAUGUGUUCAGCAUUAACGUAAGUAACGUCAUUGUGUUGUCUCCAUGACUAAAUGGCAAAUUAGCGGCCAAUGCCUCCUAUGACAACGGACUGAAGUAAGCCAUUCUCAUAAUCGUCUGCAGUGUCUUCUCAAAGUAUUCGGACCCCUUCGCUUUUAAGACAUUUCGUUAUCGUGCUGUUUUAGACGAAAAUCAUUUAAUUCCUUUUUUUUUCCCUCAAGCAACACCCAAUACCCCCGAAUAAUAAAGUAAAAACGAGAUUUUUCGCAAAAAUUUUUUUAAAAUAAAAAAAUGAAAUUUCCCACUGACACACAUACUCAAGGCCCUUUCCUCAAUACUUAGUUGAAGCCCCUUUGGCAGCGAUUUCAGCCCAGAGUCUUCCUGGGUCUGACGUGACAAGCUUCACACAACUGCAUUUUGGGGAUUGUCUGCCAUUCUUCUCUACAGGUUUCCUCAAGUUCUGUCAAGUUGGAUGGGGACUUUUGGUGGUCCACUGCCAGAGAUGUUCGAUUUGGUUCAAGUCUGAGCCACAAAAGGACAUUCCCAGAGUUGUCCUGUUGGAAGGUGAACCUUCGGCCCAGUCUGAGGUCCAUAGCACUCUAAGGCAGGUUUUCAUUGAGGAUAAUUCUGUACUCUUCCUCUCCAUUCAGCUUUCCCUUAAACCUGACUAAGUCUCAGAGUCUCUGUUACUGAAAACCA